AUGAAGAAAGACAAGGACAAAAGGCAACUGAAAAAGAAGUUUCCUGUGGAGAACCACAACAAAGAAGAUAGAGUGCUUCCCAGAUUUGGAGCACAGUUCAUGGUGACUUCAUUUCAGCUGAAAGGUCGGCAUAAGUCAGUGUCUCGUCUAAGGUAUCUGGAGAAAUACUGUUCUACCCUGUUGCAGUGUGACACAACUGUGUCACAUUCCACAGAAGUUAUUCAAUUCUUCUUGCCAACUGAACAGGAGCUUCAGCCAGAAUUUACCCAGAACAGUGUGAUGAUUCUGCAAUCAGACAACAUCAAUGCUGUCAGAGGAGGACCUGACUCGGCAAAUAAACAUCUGAGCAACGGCAACGUGACCCAGCCUUUUGUAUCCAAGACAUAUCGAUGUGUGGCUCCAUACGAGACCAGAGAUACAAAGAACAGGCCAUUUAAAGUAGCUGUGGAUGAAAGACUGGAAGUGCUGAUCAGAGACAAAGCAGGUUGGUGGCUUGUUGAGAAUGAGGAUAAAUAUCUAGCUUGGUUUCCUGCUCCCUACUUGGAAUUAUGUGAUGAGGAAGAGGAAGAGAAAGAGGAAGAGUUUGAAACAGCAGCCUUUGAAAGCUCUCUGUACUGCGCUAUAAGAAGUUACACCUCAAAAAAAAAGGAUGAGCUCUCUCUCAGCAUUGGCGCUGUUGUGGAGGUGUUACAGAGGACUGAUAAUGGCUGGUGGCUUGUUAGAUAUAACAGAAAGGCAGGCUAUGUGCCCUCCAUGUACCUGAAGCUCUACAGCAGCCCCAGCUUUGGCCUUCAGUCACUUCAGAGGAAACUUCACAGCUCCACUAUCAACCUGUCCUCCAGCAACACUUUCAAACUGGAGCCUCAGGUCGACUCACGAAACAGAAUGAAUAAUUUCCUUAAAUCAAACUCUCUGGAAAUGCUGUCAGAGCCGGUACAUCAUGAGGAAGCAGGCAGCUUUAGCGAUGAUGGAACCGACUUCAGCUUUAGUUCCUCAGACACAACCUCCAUGAGCCCAAGCAUGUCCAGCUCAGAGGGGGAAGAGGGCCUGAGACAGGAGCAUAGAGAGAGAGACAGCAAUGACAGUGAUAUGUCCAGCGGUCAGUCCAGCCCCACCAGCUCAGACACUGAUCACCCAAUGAAAGGAGUCGAAGCUCCCAGGGUUCCACCCAGACCACAAACUCAGGAGAUCCUACGUCGCUGCACGACUUACACCCGAAAAGCUGCUCUGGCGACUUCUGCACGCCUGGCACCUGAAAGAGAAGUCAUUGCAAAUGAAGGGAGAGCAUGAAAAGGGUGCAUUUGACAAGAGACUCUUUGCUUUUACCUUAUUUUUGAUCGCCUUUGAGUAUAAUACAACAAUAUUAAUCUGGUUUCUUUUUCAUUUCUUUGUAAUCCUUGGUGUGGCUAUGUAAAUAGUAUAAAUAUUGAAUUAAUCAAAUAUAUUAUACAUAACCUGUUAAAAGUAGUUACUGUGUACAUAUUUAAAGUUUUUUAAUCUUCUCACAUUUUUAUUUUUUCAUUAACCUUGUAU